AUUCUGCGUCGCGUUAUCCGCCGCGCGCUCGUCACCCGCUCGCGCCACGCGUCACGCCCGCUAUCGCGAGGUUUAAAGCGCGCGGCGGUCGUGAAUCUCUGUGCGCGCGUGAAGACGUUCGACGUGCGAUUCCGACGAGUGCCGCUUUUUUUUCGGUCCACGGUUUUUUGUGGGCUCCGAUAACUUGGAUAAGCUCUUACGUGUCGUUGCGACAUUAAAGUUGUUCUCUCGAUUAAUAAAAAUAAUUCACGCAGGACAUUCGUGGGAACACGAUAACAAGUAUCAGACAGUAAACGGGAGUUCUUUAGAAAAAUAAAAGAUUUUAUCGUCGAAGGAGUGCGUGCUAAAUUAUUAAUUAAUUGACGAAUUAAUUGUUCGAGAAAAAGGAUCUGAACAUAAAUGAUAGUGUGAAAUAAGAAACUUUUGAUUCGGGAAACGAACUAUAUUACACAACGUGUAUUAGCGAUUACCAGUGGUAUUCUGUGGACAUAACGAUAUGUCGUGACGACAUUGAAGACAACGAUGGACUAACGGAGUGAAAAAAAGGAUAUCGAGGUAGCGAGGUCGAGAGACACAAUCGAGAAAACUUCCAUUUGGUACAAAAGCUUGCUGGUUCGAAGGAGCUCGCAGUCUCCAAACUCUCGCUCGUGGGCAGGGUCAUGUUAAGCAGGUCAUGAACAGCUCGACUCCUCUCCGCGCGAACAGCGACGCAUCCCCGAGUCCUCUGCAUUCGCCUAUUUACCAGCGAGAUGGGGCUAUCCCGUCGACCUCGGGCGGGAGACGCGUCGAUUCCAACCACAGCUUCGAGACCUUCGGUAAUCUCGCGUUGGACGUUUCGUACGCCGGUCUCGGGAACGAUCUCCUCGACUCCGGUAGCAAACGAACGAUAGGGAACUCUCCGUUGCGAGAGGAUACAUCCGCUCUGCCGCAAUUAUGGGAGGACAUGGGGGUGGUCGAGUACCUCGAGAGGAAACUCGGCCCGCCCGACGAGAGCACGGCGGAAGAACGCGUCGCGUCGCUUCGGGAGGUCCUCGCCGAGAGGACCGACAUCCACGAAGGCGACGGUAAUCUCUCGGACUUCCUCUUCCACGUAGCGCGAACCAAGCACGGCAAGAUCUACAUAAGGGUUAUCCAGAUUCACCUAUUGAAUAGAGUCUUAUGUAGCAACCGGGUGAGCCAAAUGACCAAGACCUAUAAUGACAUAGAGGCAGUCACAAGGCUUCUGGAGGAGAAAGAAAAAGACUUGGAGCUGACAGCGCGCAUCGGCAAGGAACUGUUGGCACACAAUCAGAAGCUUGAGACUACGGUAAACGCUUUAGAAGCUGAGCUUAAGGAAGCGAACGAGAAGAUCACACAGUUGAACCAUGAGGUGUUGAAGAAGACCGAGCUGAUACAGAUAUUGACGAACGAUGUGGACGAGUCUAGCUCGGAGGCCGGAACUCCUACCGGCCUGCGCGGCAUUAAUUUGGACAUGUUGCAGAGAAAGGUUAGCUGUUUGGAAGACGAGAAUAAGCAGCUUCGUAACGAGUUCGCGAAACUAGUGCAUGAUGCCGACAAUUCCGAGGAACAGGAGGCACGUCUUGUACAAGACAUCGCGACGCAAUUAGCAAACGCCAACAUGGAGGUGGAUGGGAUAGCGGAGGAGCUCGGUCGGCAAAAGGAUGAGAAUCGAUUGCAGCAUGAGCAAAUAAUUAGUCUUACUGCGAAAUUAGCUGAGACAGAGCUUAGACUCGCUCAGCUGAUGGCGGAGCACGACGAAGUGGGAGCGACUCUAGUCAUCACUAGGGAUAAUCAAAAUACACUUGCCGCUGAACUAGCUGAAUUCAAAGAACGAUAUGCGGAGGUGGUGAACUUACUAGCCGAAACGCAAGAGCAGUUGCGAAAACAGAGAAAACGUGGAAUGCCAACUGUACGUGGUGGGUCGUUAUUCCCAUCGAUGGGCGCAGCACCUCAACCGGAUUCUAUCGCUUCGGAACUGGAAUCGUCCCUUUACUCGGAAUUAAGUAUUGAUUCUGGGAUCGGUGCAGGUGACAGGAUACCAACCUACAAGAAAGUGUUUGAGACCGUUCGUAGCGCAUCUCGUGCAACGUGUGCGGGAAUGGAUCCCAAUCAGUUUCCUAGAAUAGGUUCCAUGACGACGUCGACAUUGUCCAGCAGUUCUGUUGGCCCGCGGAUGAGUUGUGGGCAAGUGCGACAGCAAGCAUCUACAUUUCCCAGUUUGGAUUCUACCGGUCAAAGUAAUGACGGAUCCUUGCUCAUCGAGACGGAAGAUUAUCCGGGACCACAACGAAUGGGUGUACCUGGUGCUCCUGGUGCUGCUGAUUUAGAAGCCGCUAUACGUCGUCUAACACCCGCGGAAGUAUUAGCGAGGCGUGCGUGUCUCAGCACAGGUGCCGGCUACAGUUACGAUUACGACGGUGGCAUAUUACAUUCCCCGCCAACCUUCUUACCUUUCGACUGUCGCACUCCGGACAGCAUCAUGUCGACCGGCAGUAGCGGCAAUCUGAGCGGCUUCAGCGGCAACAGCGGCAACGCUUGGCGUAUCCCACAGAAACUGCAGAUAGUCAAACCAAUGGAAGGCUCCCAGACGUUGCAUCAUUGGUCGCGACUGGCGACGCCAACAUUAGGUGGAUUACUGGAGGACAGACCAGGCGUGAAGACUAGAGGUGGCCGCGCUCUCGAGGAUCUCGGUCUUAUAACAUUCGCGUUGAGCGAUUUGGAGGAAGAUGAGGAAUACACUAAUCCCGGUAAACCAUUCCAAGACACCGGCUCCAUUUACACCUUUACUAACAGCACCGUGAUGCAUCCGGAUGAUCAUACCAUCAGCAGCGUGACACCGAGCAUCGUUAGCAGUCGUGUCGCCUCAGCGCCCAACAGUGGUAUGAAUUCUGGUAUGAAUUCCGGUAUGAGCACUCCUCGCACACACAGCCGUCGCAAUUCAACUUCAACAUUCUCCACCACGCUUGGAUUGGCCAAGAUGCUGAACGAAAGAGGAAUCAAAGCCGUCACGCCCUCGUGCAUAGGCACACCUACUGACGAACGGAAUUUCUCGCCGACUGCUACACCGUGCAAUAGUCCUGAUGCGAGUCUGUCACCUAGGUCAUCGUCCCCACCACCGGAGAGCGGUGCCUCGUUGACAUUGGGACUGCUUAGCACCGGGGCGGAAUUAUUGAGACGUACUUUUAGUUACGAGCCUCCAGCGCCGGUGCAAGCUAAGAAAAAAAGACCGAAGUCGACGAUCUCGCGCACGGAGAAGAAAGCUCUCACGGGGAUACGUCUGGUGGAGAAAUUGGAAAGGAUUGGUAUUGAUACAAUCAUAGCCACUACGGUUAGCUCGUCGAUCUCGCCGUUAGCUCUGCAGGGUGCUCUAUACACGCGUCGUUCGACUGGAAGUCCAAUGGCACAAUUGACUUUCCUCAAAACUUCGAUGUCCUCCAGUAUGAGUCAAGAGAAGUUAAUAUCUCCCUCGUCUUCAACAUCCUCCACUUGUGACGAAUUUCCGUCGAGCAAACCGUCGUCAUUGCUGGGUAAACGGGAUGACAAGGAGCCCAAACCAAGCGUGUCCGGUUCCAAUGCAUUUAGCUCGAGAGCAACGGGUCAGUCGCCAGAUCGACAACGACGAUCGGGUGCUAAAGCGACGAGACCCGAUUUGGGACGAGUUAAGCCGCCAGCUCCGACGCCUGUAACUAAAGAAUCCAAACAGUCGGCAUUGGGAGCAAUAAGUUCGCUUCUUUUUGGUCGUAAAGGUGGUUUAUUGUGAAUAUUUUGUAGAAUCUGUAAUGCGAUAGGGGACGAAUCGAUCAAUUCCAGCGAAUUAUUUUUUAACAUGUUCGCAGAGAAAGAGCUUAUUUGUUUUGCUACCUGGAAAUUUUAGUUCGUGUAAUGUAAUUACUUGAGUACACGAUAUGCUCCUGUCGUCAGUAUUAUCGACUGUCUACACUUUUGACGUAUUCGCUGAUUUGAUACAGUAAUUUUCGAAUCUAACGUGGUGAAUCGUUGUAAAUAAUCAUGAGAAAGUGGUGUUAACGUUAAUAAGAUAUACAAAUCAGAUUGCUAUUCUAUACAAACAUAUUUUAAGUUUUAUUCUAAAGAAUGAAUUAAAACUGAGACGAAUACAGAAGGGCGAAAUAUACUGUGUACAGUAAAAAUACACAAAAUCAUUAUACAUUUUAAAUUUUAUUUUAAAAUCUAUAAUGAAUUAAAAACCGGAUAGGUACAGAAGGGUUUUUUGAUAGUUUGUGAUAAAUGAAGGGAAAUCCAUAAGUUACUAGCUCAAACGAAGAUGAAAGAUUAUUUUAACAAAAAUAAUUGUAUGAUCUUCGACUAUGUAUCCGUGGACUGCUAGUUUUAUAAUAUUUACGCAUUAUAUUACAUUUGAUAACGCAAAAAUUUAAAAAUCAAGAUACAUUGUGUAUAAUUGGCGAUAUAAUUCAAAAGAUUCGUUAUAUAUCAACUAUAUUAAUUACAUUAUUAGAAUUAUGUAUAAAAAUCGAUGCAUACUAUUUAAUAAAUUUUUUAUUUAAUAAUUUAUUUUUUACAAAUCAAAAGAAAUCGACAAUACAACUAAAUAUCGUUUUUAUAGAAAAAUAUUGUGUAAUACACAAUAUUAGUAAAAACUAGUCAAACUGCGGCUUUUAGUCUAUCUUAUUUUAUUUAUUCAUUUUAUUUUAUUAAUAUCUAUAGUUAAUAAAUAUCCCAAUUUUGCGCAGGUUUAAUAGACCGAACAAUCUUUACACUUGGGAACAUUUCGCUCAAUAUCUCGCUAUAAGAUACGCAAAUUAUUUAGUGCAGUCCAUAUUCUUACAUAGUUAAAGAUUGAAAUCUCAACGAUAUGGAGAACAAAAAAACAAAUUAAGAAAGCUAUAAUGGCAGGGUAGUUAAAGAAAUUAAUAUUGUAUUCGAAAUUCGUAGCGACAGGAAAAUAAGCUGUUAUUACCAAUGCAAUAUAAACAAUUAGGAUACAAAGGGCAGGGAGGAUGCUGAGAAUGGUGCAUCGUACUAUAAUGCAUUAUUUUAUAAUAAUUUAGCACAAAGUCAAAUCUCUGGUGCUUAUUUUCUUAAUUUAUUUUCCUUAGCGAACGCUUGGUGACGACGAGUAGUCGUAGCAGCAUCGUCAAUGCUAUUGUCAGUCUUUGCACGCGGAAGAUUGCGCAUUUAGCGUUGUUUUAUUGUACUGUAUAUAGCUGAAUGCAGCGGGGCGGUAAAGCGCCUCGCAAUCAUUCUUUUAUUUUUCUUAGCGACUUCUUUCGCAUAACUUGGUAAUUUAUUGCAACCUUGUUUCCCGCAAGUGGGCCUGAGUUUUACGUAAGAGGACAUGUAAUGUAUCAUAGAGAAGAGUGUUUAGCUCGACGCAGCCUUGUACAUAGACGUACAAAUUAAUAAAUUAAAUUGGAAAAUAA